GAAAUUCUAGUUAGGAUUGUUUCACUUUUAAAAUCAAAGUCUUCUUUUUAUUUAAAAUGGAAAAAUAUCAAGGGACUAGGUGCCCUACCUAGCAGGAAUUUAGUACCCUAGUACCCGGGCUGGUCCAACUCCAUUAACAAUCAUCGCUCACCUGGUGCAAAGUGUCUUUGAUUUCUCACCAAGGCUGUGGCUAAUCAAGUGGGAUCUGUAACCCUGCUCCCUUCUUGUUUGCGAUACAUUUGCAUUUGGAGACUUCCGCCUUCCGGUGGGAGACUGCUCCACUGCGCUGCUCCUCUGGGCAAAAGGGGUGCUGAGGCCUUGUGAGCUGAGGCUGCAGGUGGCUGCUUCUGGAACCAUGGCUUUUCCUGCAGGAUUCGGAUGGGGGGCAGCCACGGCAGCUUAUCAAGUGGAAGGAGGCUGGGAUGCAGAUGGAAAAGGCCCUUGUGUCUGGGACACAUUUACCCAUCAGGGAGGGGAGAGAGUUUUCAAGAACCAGACUGGCGAUGUAGCUUGUGGCAGCUACACUCUGUGGGAGGAAGAUUUGAAAUGUAUCAAACAGCUUGGAUUGACUCAUUACCGCUUUUCUCUUUCCUGGUCACGUCUGUUACCUGAUGGGACGACAGGUUUCAUCAACCAGAAAGGAAUUGACUAUUACAACAAGAUCAUUGAUGACUUGCUAACAGAAGGAGUUACACCUAUAGUGACACUCUACCACUUUGAUUUGCCUCAGGCUUUAGAAGACCAAGGUGGCUGGUUGUCAGAGGCAAUCAUUGAAUACUUUGACAAAUAUGCUCAGUUUUGCUUCAGUACCUUUGGGGAUCGAGUCAAGCACUGGAUCACCAUAAAUGAGCCUAACAUUUUUGCCCUGAUGGCAUAUGAGCUAGGUCAAUUUCCUCCUGGUGUACCUCACAUUGGGACUGGAGGUUAUCAGGCAGCUCAUAAUUUAAUUAGGGCUCAUGCCAGAUCCUGGCACAGCUAUGAUUCUUUAUUCCGAAAAGAACAAAAGGGUAUGGUGACCCUAUCAAUUUUUGCUAGCUGGUUGGAACCAGCAGAUCCCAUGUCAUUGUCUGACCAGGAAGCUGCUAAAAGAGCCAUCAGUUUCCACUUGGAUUUCUUUGCUAAACCCAUAUUUAUUGAUGGGGAUUACCCAGAAGUUGUCAAGUCCCAGAUUGCCUCACUGAGUAAAAAGCAAGGCUAUCCAUCUUCAAGGCUUCCAGAAUUUACAGAAGAGGAGCAGAGCCUGAUCAAAGGCACGGCAGAUUUCUUUGCUGUGCACUAUUACACUUCUCGCUUAGUCCGGCACCAGGAAAACAAGACAGGUGAACUAGGUUUCCUCCGGGAUGCGGAGAUUGAAAUUUUUCCAGAUCCGUCUUGGGAAAAUCUGGGUUGGAUCUCCGUGGUACCAUGGGGGUUACGUAAAGUACUGAAAUAUAUUAAGGAUACUUACAAUAACCCUGUAAUUUACAUCACUGAGAAUGGGUUUCCCCAGGGUGACCCUGCGUCUCUUGAUGACACUCAACGCUGGAAUUAUUUCAGACAGACAUUUCAGGAAAUGUUUAAAGGCCAUAUGGUCCUGUCUGGAGCUUUCCUGGAUCUUUGGCUAUCCAACUGGAUAAAGUCAAUCUUCAAGUGUAUUGUGCAUGGUCGCUUCUGGAUAACUUUGAGUGGACCCAGGGAUACAGCCACCGGUUUGGUCUCUUCCAUGUUGAUUUUGAAGACCCAGCAAGACCCCGAAUCCCUUAUACAUCAGCCAAGGAGUAUGCCAAGGUCAUCAAAAACAAUGGCCUAGAAGGGCAUCUGUAAAAAAAAAAAAAAAAAGAAUGGCUGGGA